UUCUAUAACUUUUUUUGCCUAUUAUUGAUUCGGUAUUUUUACAGGGCCCUGUUGCAUUUAACCUCAAUUUUCUUGUUUGCACUACUGAUAUAUCUUGAAGUCCAAUCCAUUCCCAAUGCAAAAGCAGCAUCAGAAUUUGCUUAGAAACCACUUGAUUGCUGCACCCCCCACCCCCACCCCCUCCCCCUGAUAUGACUUGGAUUCUAAGUAUGAUGAUUUUCUGUUAAACGCCCUUUAAAUCAUCAGAACUUGUCUCUGAUAUUUUCAACUCAGAGUUGGUAACCACAAUUUGAGCUGAAGAAAUUUCUGUCGCUAUUAAGCUAUCCUCGGAGAAGUUUCACUUUCAGCAGCAUAAAAGAGUGCGGAAAUGGGGCGGCAUUCGUGCUGCGUUACGCAGAAGUUGAGGAAAGGCUUAUGGUCUCCUGAAGAAGAUGAGAAACUGUAUAAUUAUAUUACAAGAUUUGGCGUCGGUUGCUGGAGUUCCGUCCCUAAAUUAGCAGGUUUGCAAAGGUGUGGGAAGAGUUGCAGGCUGAGAUGGAUUAAUUACUUGAGGCCUGAUCUCAAGAGAGGAAUGUUUUCACAGGAAGAGGAGGAUCUCAUCAUUGCUCUCCAUGAAGCUCUUGGCAACAGGUGGGCACAAAUUGCUGUGCAGUUGCCAGGAAGAACAGACAAUGAAAUCAAGAACUUCUGGAACUCAAGCCUGAAGAAGAAGCUGAUCAAGCAAGGGAUUGAUCCAAACACGCACAAGCCCGUAACAGAGACGCAAGUGAUUAAAGAUGAGAAACACUGCAGAGACUCAAAACCACCUCAUGUUCUACAGCCAAAAGGGCUUCCAUAUUUAGAAGCCUCAACUCAAACGGAACAGCAACGGUGUCAUUUUGGCAGCGCAAUCUGCACCGAUGCAGGGGCGAAUUUUCUGAGCAAGCAAGCCUAUGAGCCCAUGUUCUUGUCUGAGUUUCAAGAAAGCGUUGAUCCCAAUGGAUUUCAUCCAAACAUUUUUCUAUCUCAUCUUCGGCCUUAUGAUCCCAUUAAUCCCAGUUGUGCAUUCAACUCACUGCCAAAUUUGACAAACUUUGAUCACCAGAACGUGGCGGAAAACGACUAUUCCGACAGUUCAGCCUCAAGAAUGAGUGCAUAUCUGAUGAAUGAAGUGAAGGAGAGCUCAAGCAACAGCUCAAAUGUGAACAGCCAGACGAAGAACGACUUGAUCGUAAAUUGUGGCACGUUUUCGUGGGACAGUGAGAACAAGUUGGAAUCAAUGUUUAGCUUCCAGUUCAGUGGGAUUGAAUCUGAGGAAAGGAAGCAGAGUCCAUGGCAAGAAGCUGAUCGUCAGAGUUCAGGAGAAUUUAGUGAUUAUCAGCAGUUCACAUCACUUUCUCAGGAGCUGAGUGCAGCAAACUUGGAUGCCUUUCAGCAAAUAUAAUCUGUAAAGUUUGGUUUUCUUCACUCUCCACACAUAUACAUAUAUCAAAUACAUACACAGAUUUCUUGAUAGUUGUAGUGGAAGCUUUUGAGGUGAAAAUCUUUUCUUUUUUUUUUCGUUUCCCAAAUCUUUUUUGGGUUCUUACCCUUUCCAUGAUUCAACUAAUUAAUAAACAGAAAGUUGUUGUGAAAAUGUACUUGAAGAAUUGUAGUUGUUUGAGGUUGCAAGAAGAUUGUUUAUGAUGUUAUGAAAGAGUGCUUUUGUUUUGUGGUCCAAACCUUCCCUGAGAUA